AAUGAUUUAUUUUAUCUGAGCCAUUUGGAACCAAGAUGGGAGGAGCAGAUGCUGAUAUUAAUUAGAAGAGGAUAUGAAGCUGAUACUGCUUCAACAUCAACUGUAUUGUGUAGUGCAGUAUGGAGUUGUCAACUGUGAUAAUUCUGGACAAAUACAACAGAUAAGAGUGCUGGGAAAAGUUGACAAAUCUGACUUUAUCCAACAGAGAAGCCAAGUGGUUCAUGUGAGCAAGACAAUAAUCCCACAACUCGUUAGAAGCUGGAUAAAACCUGGCAGUUUAAAAUAGAUAUGGCAAUUUACUGAGUACCAAAAUGACAUCUGUCAUAAAGACAAGAAGUGGAAAACAUUUAACACAGGUAAGGAUCUUGUCACUACAGUAGAUGAUCAUAAAUUUUGUGUGGAAACAAUGGCUAACAGAUGCAGAAGUGGCCUUUUCUUUCAUUAUUUUGCCAGAAUGAAAGUUAGGCUCUGUCGCUUUUAAAAGAGGCUGUGAUAUUUUUUAAAAGCACAAACUAAUGUUACCUUAUUAAAAUCUGAUCUACAUUGAAUUACCAUAGAUAUGAGCAGAUAAGCCAUAUGCUACUGCAUCUGCUCUUAUGUAUGAAUAAAGAGACUGUCCCCUGUAGGGCUUGCAAAUUAAUACACACUAAGAUGUCUGCAAUGUACAUGAUAUUUCCGGACAUUACUAUUUGUAGGUAGACAGUGAUCAAAUUAUUGCUUUUAUACCACAUGUCACUUUUUUCUGUACUGCAACUGAGUCAUGAUUACAACCAAUGGUAUCAAUAUUAGCAACUGUAAGUCAAGGACUUUGAGACUUCUUUAUGCAGGGAAGGAACAACAUGCACAUGAACUUUGCACAUCAAAAUAGUGGUAGAAAAAGUGUUUAGUACCUUAAGAGUUAUGAAUAAAACUUCCCUUGUUUCAUUUUCAAGUAGAGCUGAAAGAGGUUUUUGUCCAAAAUCUGUUUUAGUGUUGCCUAGAAUUUUCCAAAAUCAUGUAAUUUUUUCUGUGUUCUGCCUAAUUUUGAUAUACAGAACUUUGUGCUCACAUUAACUGAUUUAGUCUAUCAGGUUUAUUUAUUUUAAAGUUAGCCUCAUAAACAGACAUAUUUAAUAAUACCAAGGAUAUUGUGGAUGUAUCUGGAGUCCUCUUUGAGAAACUUUCAUGCAAUCUUUGAACCUUCUAUUUUAGUUUAUUUAAAUAAAAAACACCAGCACUUCAAGAUGAACUGUAUCAAAUAGAGGUGAAAUCUCCCAAAAUCUCAAUGGGGUGUGACUGCACUAAUCCAUUUGUACUCUCAGUGGCAUGCCCAUGGUAAAAGCAGAUGAAGUUGGAGACGAUUCAUUGAAGAACACCCCACCCCCAUGAAAAAAAGGAACUCUGCACCUAAGUCAGGAGACAAAUGACAGAGCAUUAAGAUGUUGCAAAGAAAGGAAUCAAAUGACUAGAAUAUAUCAAUGUAGUCAUACCUACACCUGUUGUCACCAGGCCAGAAUUUCUGUAUUGGUGGGAGAAAGCACAGCUGACUCAUGCUGAUCCAAAAGCGUAGCAAGGCCCCAUGACCACCCUGUUGCCUAGGGAGUAAAUAACUAGACAACACACAGCAUAUUGGUUUGGGAUCAAAUAAGGCCACAAGUUUAUUGGUUCCAGAAGUGAAGGUUUGGCCAUAGGCAUUGUGGUAAGCAAUGCCGUAUGUCACUCCUGCCCGUCCGCUGGGAGUGUUUCUAAGGAGGAAGCCAGUGGUGGUGGUGGGGAUGCCCUAUGUCCUACGUCAAAUCGGGGCAUCCCCCAAGCGGUCCUGUUGGAGGAGUGGUAUGGCCCUAGCCCCCAUCUGGGCAUCGAACAGGAGCCACUCCUCCCGGAUCUUUUUAACAGGAUACUCUUAACUGUGGAGGGGCAGGCAGAGGCUACAACCUCCCCUCCAACCAAGACUAGGCUUACCCAAUGCUUAUACGCCUUACAAAGUUGUGACGAUUGCUUUGAAGUAGGCAGAAACCCAAAUGGCGGCACCAAUUUGCCAGAUGGGGAAAAUUCCUGCCCAGACUCAAAAAUUGGCAACCAACAUUGUCCAUAGCAAGGUCGUACCAUGAGCUAAAUCCUAAUCUGAGGGAGGGUGGGUGGGAGAACUGGUGCGACAAGCCCCCCCCCCUUCCGCCUGAGAUUUAGCCUUCCACUGGGUACAGGACAAUGCACCACAAUUGUUCAGUUGGUUCUGCGCCCAGGUGAAUGCCCUCUAAUUCCUGCCACUGUUGGCCAAUUUGGCAGCAGGAAGACAAUCUGGCCUGCAAUAGGCCAGUUCACAGAGGAGGCCGCCCACCCGAGAAGGGACGAACAGUCUUCCUAAUGCUCCAAAUGGGUAGCUACUAUUGUAGUGAUCUAGAGAAAUCAAAAGAUGGAGGAAUGGAAGGUGUGUGGAAUCAUAAGUUCUGCUUGUGUAAGUGGGACCCCACAAUUGUAUAUUAUCCAAAAAAUAUGUGCAUGUGAAUGUGAAAAGAAAGUAUAUUUUCAGUGCAUAAGUUAGAUUGUCAAUGAUCAGGUUAACACCAUAGAUAAAACAGAGACACUGGCUGGCCAGGCAGGCAGGAAGAACAAGUGAGAAAUGGCGAAAAUUAUUUAAGGGAGUUCAUGCCAAAAAAAAAGGCGAAGUAGGAGAGGAGAAGUCAGUUAGAUAAACCAAGUGGAAGCCAAUUUAGCAAGAGGCCAGAAUAUAUAAAGGUGAAAAUAUAUGCACGUAUAGAGCUAUGCUAAUUAUAGCACAAGGUUUGCACAGAUAUAUAUAUAACUGUGAAUGGCUAUAUAAAAGUUAGUGACUUUAUACCUGAAGAGUUCAAAACAAUCUGCAUUAUUGAAACUGAAGUGAAUUUAAAUUGAAAACAGCAAAACAUUAAUGGAAAAAUGGAAAUCUGUCCAUCCCUACCCUAAAUAUAAUAAUAUAUAAAAAUAGGCAUUGUUUACUUUAUCAGAUACCAGCAUCAUCUCUACUGGCCUUCUUGCCAUUAAGUAGUGAUAAGUAACAGAAUCCACUUAUAGGCCAUUGACCCUUCUGAACUGCAUCUGCAUGUAAUUAAUGGAAGUAUUAUAAACCACAUGCUUCAUCCGCUGUUCUUUUAUAUUUUUAAAAAAGCUAAAGGACUAUGAAAUAAAUGCACACUGAGCAGAUGUAUCAUCAUAACCAGAAGUAAAGAAUCUUACUCAUCAGAUAACAUCAUUAACAAGGGGCUGCUACAAAAGUCAUACCACAUUGCCCUGCUCACAAAGGGCAGACACUCCUUGUCUUCAUUUACAUUUACAGUGGUACCUCGGGUUAAGUACUUAAUUCGUUCCGGAGGUCCGUACUUAACCUGAAACUGUUCUUAACCUGCAGUACCACUUUAGCUAAUGGGGCCUCCUGCUGCUGCUGCGCCGCCGGAGCACGAUUUCUGUUCUCAUCCUGAAGCAAAAUUCUUAACCUGAAGCACUAUUUCUGGGUUAGCGGAGUCUGUAACCUGAAGCGUAUGUAACCCAAGGUACCACUGUACAGUGGUGCCUUGCAAGACGAAAUUAAUCCGUUCCGUGAGUAUCUUCGUCUAGCGGUUUUUUCGUCUUGCGAAGCAACCCUAUUAGCGGCUUAGCGGCUUAGUGCUAUUAGCGGUUUAGCGGCUAUUAAAGGCUUAGCGGCUUAGCUGCUAAACGGCUAUUAAAGGCUUAGCGGCUUAGAAAAAGGGGGGGAGCGGAAAAAAAUCUCAAGACUCGCAAGACAUUUUCGUCUUGCGAAGCAAGCCCAUAGGGAAAUUCGUCCUGCGAAGCGCAUUGAAAAACGGAAAACCCUUUCGUCUAGCGGGUUUUCCGUCUUGCGAGGCAUUCGUCUUGCGGGGCACCACUGUACAUGUAAUCUGACCAGAUCCCUCACAAAGCGGUGCAGGGCUAGCUCAGGGAGGGCAGUGUGAGCAGCACUCAGAGCCAUCACCCUGGCAGCCCCCCAAACUAUGCCCCCACAGAUGACACCACAGAUAAAAUGCUCAUAUCACCUCCAAUGCAGCCAGCUCAGAUAAUCAGUUUCCAGUCACUAUACACAUGGGAAUCAAAUACAGAGAAAUAAAGUGAAGGGAUGGGGUAUGGCAGAGCUCAGGUGAUCGGGGACAGAUGGCCCACUUGGCACUUCAUAUUUAGUCAUUAAUAGAGAACUUAAGCCUCUCAAAAUGAUCCAGACGAAAUCUGGAAAUGAAGCAAUUUUUGUGAACAGUGAACUGUGCUCUAUUGCCAAGGAUAAGUUUUGAAAGACGUAUCUUGAAGUCCAUAUUGGAACACAAUGCCAGGCCUUGCUAUCAUUCUUGUGUUCCUGGUGAGAUGCAGAAACCUAGUAACCCCAAGGUCUUUUCACAGGAUGGGACAGCAGGGUUUUAAAAUAAUAAUACAAUGAUAGAAACAUAGAAUUGUAGAAUUAGAAGGGACCAUGAAGCUCUAGAUCAACCCCCUGCAAUGCAGGAAUCUAAGCGCUCUGGAAAAGACCCUGAUGUUGGGAAAGAUUGAGGGCACAAGGAGAAGGGGAUGACAGAGGACGAGAUGGUUGGACAGUGUUCUCGAAGCUACAAACAUGAGUCUGACCAAACUGCGGGAGGCAGUAGAAGACAGGAGUGCCUGGCGUGCUCUGGUCCAUGGGGUCAUGAAGAGUCGGACAUGACUAAACGACUAAACAACAACAAAAGCGCUCUGCCUGCUUGUUUUAUUGCUAUGAUUGGGGAAUGAAUGAAUUAAUUAAUUAUAUUUCAGCCAUCUUUACUUACUUUUGGCCACUCUGGUCUUAUCCUGUUUUAUUAACAUAUGACAGAAUAUAUUUUUUAUAACUAAACUGUGAAAAGUAAGGAAGAAUCAACUUGGUUGUUAAAUUUCUUCAGGUGUGCUCUCUGCAAAGAGACAUCCCAACUGGGGGGAACCUUUACAGCUUUGGGAAAAUCUGCAGAACUCUUGCUUUAUUGGGAGUCUUUUGCAUUCCAGCAUAAAGGCUUUUCAGCCACGUAGGAGGCCUAACCUCUGUCAUGUCUGAUUCAGAUUUAGAAGUCUUUGGAAAUGGUAAAGAAGAGGUGACACGUUGCCCCUUGCAAUUCAGGGAAGGAGGAAACCCUUAUGUGUGAGGGAUCUUCAUGCUGGUGUCACAUUGCUCCCUACAAGAGGGUAUGGAUGACGGUAUCUGCCUCCUGAGAAAGGGCUUGAGAUUGUAGGGAUCAUCAAGAACCGAGAAGCCAGCAAUAUGUGUACUAAUACAUGCAAGCAUUCAACAGAGUUUUUUGGACCAAUAUGUUUCCCCAAUAUUUUAUUUAUCUUUCCAGAACAGAUUUUACAACAGCUGAAGGCAAGCACUGUACCAUUUUGAAAACAAACGAAAUACAAAAUCAUAGAAAUCUCUUACAUGUCUGCAAAGCUUACAUGUCUGCUAUCAAAGUAUGUUGGGGUGUGCCCUCGCAUGUCAAACUGUUUAACAAUGCACUUUACAAGGUCUCUAGAUUUCUCCCUGAGCAGAUGUGUUUUUCCCAACUCUAAGUAUCGCUGAUAGAUACAAUAUACUUGCCAUUAUGAAUAAGAUAAAAAGCAGCUGCUCUGCAAGUAUUCAUUUUCCAAAUAUAUACAGUUCAGUCCACUGAUGAUAAUUAACUGCUAAAAGGGAAUGUGGUGAGCAGAUCUCAAGAUAAAUUGCUUUGGCUGAUCAUUAAUUUAUAACAGCCCUUUUCAAACUCCAGAAGUAGCUACAAGAGUCAUAUAACAAGCAAGCGUAAAUAUUCUGAUCUAAACAACAGCAGCAGGUUAAACAUCUCCACGGGGCUAACUUAGCUGAAUUGAAAUGUCUGAUCUCAAUUGCCUGUUGCUGUAUUAUGCUUUUCACUGGCUGGCAUAAGGAAACUUCGCUCCCUGACAAAAGACAAAACAUUUCUGCCAGCUGAGGUGACAUUGUGCUCAUUCAAUAAUGAUACAAGGCCCAGAGGUCCUCCAGCAAGAUAGAUAACAAAGAAAACCCUCAUUAGCUAACUGCAGAAGAAUGAAGGUCAACCCACAGAGAGAAUUUCAUGCUUACAUGUCAGUUGGAACAUUUGUUCUUCAUUAAUUCUUUAAACCUAAGCUGGGAUAUCAUCUCAUAGCAUUUUAAUACGCUGUCCUCUGUCAGAAAUCUCUCUCAGGGUGUUGUUUUCUUUGUACUCUACUUAAGAGGCCAUUUCUAUAAGCACUUGACUCCACAUCAUUGGGUACUAAUAAUGUUUUAGGAUUGUUACAUGAUUGGAUUUAAUGUGUGCAAUAACAGUUUGGAAUUUCAAGAUAGGAUAUACUGCUGCAGUCCUCAUUUCAAGGAGCUUGUUAUGUGGCUAUAUAAAAAACCUCAGCUCCACACAGGGUUAUGUUUGCAUAAUGGCAAAGUACUAGGCUGGGUAGAGAUUGUUUUUAAGUGCAUACCUAGGGGUGAAUCUAAGAUGUCAACCCCCACUCUCUCACACAAAACUAUAGUGUAUUAUAUAAUUUAGUGCCAGUCAACCUGGACAAGCAAAAAUAGGCAUUCCUUCAAGUGGCUUUGGUCUGCAAGCUUUGUCUGCACCUGUGCUGAUGUCUCCAUGUCCUCUGAGACACAGGCAGUGUCAAUGCUAGCUCAGUAUCCAUUUUACUCUCAGUCCAAUUUACUCUCAGUCACUUUCCCAGAAGGAGGAGGCUCCUCAUUGACAGGAGAUAGCUUCACACCAGGAGUUACCUCCUCUGCCAGUCAAUUUGGUCCACCCCCUGGAUCUAGCUCUCCAAUCCUUAGACUACUGGCCUUCUCGCUGGGACCAGAUAUUUGGCGUCCUGAUAUCCCCUCCCCUAUCCUGCUAGGAUGCUCUUCAUGGUAGUCCUGCUCCAACUCCCUCCAUAACAAUUCCAUGGCACUCAUGACAUCCUGUAGAAAGCAGUGGAGACUGUACAAAUGUAGUACACUUGCAAAGUUGGCAGGACAACCUUAGCGGAUGACUUUCUCAGAAAGAGUGGCUACUCAAUAUAGUAGCUAACAUUCUGAUAUUACCUCAGAAAAAUGCUCUCCAAGACCUCUUUAGUUCAGUAUUGUGGGGAAAUCCCUGCUCUAUGAAUAAAGUCAAAACUCCAUGACAAUAUAACACCCCUGUGAAUUUUUUUUGGAAAAUGAGAAAACAGACUCUCUCACACACAUUCCUCCCAAGCGGCAAAAAUGCUACACAUACCUACCUUCUGCUCAACCCCACGGUUUGUGUUUCCAGGUUUUGUUUAUUAAGUGCAGUGUAGAGUGUGUUAAUGACUGGGGAAAACACCCAGUAUAUUUUCUAAGCUAUAUUUGAAAAGAGGAACUGUCCAACUUUACAGCUGCCUUGGCCUUGAGUUUAUAUAAAGACUUAUGCCCAUUUUCCUAUAUACUGUACAAGAAACAAAAUCCUUGCCAGCCACACUACCCAUUUUCUAAGUGCUAACCACUUAGAAACUAGCAUCUCCCCAUGUCUCAGUAAUUUCUUCUCUGACUUUUGCUCAUUUAUUUAUUUGAUAACAAGCAAAAAGCUCUGAGAGUGAAUAAGCAAUUACCCAAAAACAUCCUUUGGGAUCUUUCCGAAAUUGGAGAACAAGAUGCUUCCGAGCGAGAGUCCCAUCCCUCCACAUCUAAUUCCCUGAUAGGAAACUUAAUAGUCUUAAAAGCCGAUAACAUACCAUAGUGACUUAGGGUUAUCUAGGCACAUGAACCAUUUCAAUACUUCCUGGAUCAAAAUUACUGACAUACCUUUACUGUUAUUACAGGAAAAAUGGCUCUACCUCACAGGGUAGUCUUAGAGAUUCUGCUUUGAGUCUUCCAAGGAAAGAACUUGGAGGGGAGAAAGGCGAUGUGGUGGGGAAAUUCAGCAGUGUUGUUUCAUGUUUGAACCAAUAUGAAGCUCUGCCUACACACAUAGAAUGCCUUUUUCCUAUUAUUGACCAGGUUGGCUUCAAUUUUGAAAUAACUGGGUAAAUGAAGAAAGGCUUAGUAAGUCUCUCUGGGCUGGGGUCUGCUUCCAGUGUGUGCAAGGUGAAUUCCCCCUUGUAGACAGGAUGGUAGGCAGCAGAGGGAAUUAGUCUCAACUACUGGUCUGUCUCUAAAUGGCAAUAUAAAUGAUUCCCUAUGACCAGCAUAAGUUUCCCAUAUGAACUUUCACCCUAGGAUGACAAUGACAGUAGACAGUUUAUGUUGAUUUCCUCCCCUAAUAAAUGUGGGUGGGAGGGAGUGGAAUUCAUUUAUUGUUUUGCAAAGUAUCUUCACUCUGGCUAUCUAGCUUACCUGCUUGGUUCCCUCGCCCCAUCCCAUUCAUCAAUCUAAGUCUAUUUACUGAGAAAUCAACAAGGCACUAGAGCCGCUAACUAAUUCCUUGUGCUUGGUUUUCAAUCUACAUUACAUUCAUGUAUCCUAGAUGCUGAUGGUUUUAGUUGUUGUUGUUUCCAGCCUCAGGAAAUGAAUCUCAGUGUGAAAAAUGAAGAUUAAUAUGCUUUAUAAUCACUCUGUUCUGCUAAAGCCAAUUUGAAAAUAAGGGAAUAGGGAUUCAUUAUGAAAACAACUUUGGAUAAAAAUAGUCAUUGUGCAUAAUUGUAAGUGCCUAAAUAAAAUUGUGGCUUUAUUUGAUAUUGUGCACAUAAAAAGCAUCAUAGCAACAUGCUCAGUGGCUUUUCUUUUUCAAAUUGGCAACUAUAGCAUUCAUUCUGCUAGCAGUUUGCUGUGUUGCAUUCAGAGUAUGUUAAAAAAUAAAUGGCAUUCUGAACUCUUGCUUUGCUUGGAGGGGGAAUACUUCUAAGGACAAUUACAUUAAUAAAUUAGAACUAUUAUUCAAAGAUGCACUUCCAUUUUAUUGGUAUAAUACCAAGUGUUUUUUUCUGCAGAAACAUAAUGUCUGGGGGCAGAGGGACAAUUAUGCAGAGGCAAUUGCAUCAAUGAUACCACAGACCAUUCAGUACUGGCGAAUGAGAUCUACCUACCUACCUACCUACCUAUCAAUCACAUUUAUAUCCCACCUUUUUCUCCAAGGUGGAAUCCAUGGUUGUCAUUUAUUCCCCAACAACCCUGUGAGGUAGGUGAAGCCAAGAGGCAGGGACUGGCCCAAGGUCACCCACUGAGAGCUUCAUGACUGAGUAGGGAUUUGAAUCCUGCUCUCUCAGGUCUAGUUGACACUCUGACUACCACACCACAUGGGCUCUGUUAUACUGAGUCACACCUAGUGGUUCAUCUAGCUGACUGGCAGUGCUCCGUGGAAUUUCAAAUAGGGGGCUCUCCCAGCCCUGCCUGAACAUGCCAUUGGGGAUUGAACUAUUGAAGAUAUUUUGGCAUCUAAAGCAGAAAACCCCACAAGCACCUCUCCCUAUCCCUGGCGGUAAAAAACACAUUAAUAAUAACAAUUUAUUACCCUUGCAUGGCACCGCAAACCUGAGCCACCUGUCUCAUGCUGCCUAAAAGUUGUGUGUCAAGGUCCCCAAGACACCCCAAAUAAAACACAAUUGACACAUAAUUUUUGUUUAAGAUUUUUGUCAUAAUUUUGGCCACAACUUUAUUAAAAUUACAAUCGAUGUGAGUGGUUGCUUAGGCAUUGGUUGCGACUAUCUGACCCCGCACGGGGACAGUCUGACAUUGCACGCCCACGAAGUCAGAAAGGGGAAAACAUUUUGGGGAGAGAGACGGGACUGGGAAUCAUGCCUCACCUCUCCCCAAAUGCUCCCAGGGGUUCUUGCGUGGCCCUAACCCCUUGACACGGUUCAGACAAAAGCAUGGCGAGCCCCCGGGUUCCUUUAACGGAAAACCCCUGCAGCAGCAGCACUUUGGAGGGGCAGGCACAGCCAAUCCAUACCCCUCCACCAACCAAUUCCAAAACCAAUGCCUAACCACAACCUUACAAGUUGUGACGAUUUGCUACGCAGUAGGCAAAAAUCAAAUGGCACCCACUAAUCAGCCAAAUGGACAAAAUUCCUACCGGGCCCCUGCCCCAAAAGCAGAUGACCCCAUGACAGGCAUAGCAAGGUCAAGCGAACAACCUGAAAACAGGGAGGGAGGGCGGGUGUUCUGAUGCAUGCAGUGAAAAGAGGAAGCUCAACGCUGCGCUCAGGGUAUUUAAGAGCUAUGGCUGUCAAUCACAAAAUAGCAACAUUUAAAUCUCCCCGGCAACAGGAAGCUUAAUGUUAAUGGUGGCCAAACUCUCUCCGCCUAGCAACAGUGGGUGUCUUGCCCGCCCCCAGCGCAACACGUGCUCUCCAUGAAGGAGAACACGCUUUCCCUACUGGAUGUAAACUGUUUGGUGAGUAAGGUUUGUCAGCAUUGGAGUUUACCGUACCACUCACAAACAUGUAUUUUCCUUAAACCAAAAUAUAGCCUUGAAUGGCUAUUAAUUUUGUCAUGAAUUACAAUUGAGUCAACUCUUUAAAACACACUUAGAAAUAGCUAUUAUUUCCAGAGGUGUUUCCACCAUGAAUCUCUGUCCAGUUAGAUUUGUUAUUUUACUCAGGGGCAUGUCCAUCUAUUUUUCUCAUUUUAUCAGGUCACAGAUCGUAGAGUUCAUACAUACACAUCCCAUUUCCAGUAACUGUUCCACACCAUUGCUUAGGACGCAACAAAGUGAUGGCUCUGUGAAAAGCCCUCCAUUACAGCUCUGUCAGAGUCGGAGUUUAGCAUUGAUCCAGUGGCAUCUGCCUUCUCAGUGAUACCAAGUCAAUACAUUUCCAUCCUCCAGAUUUUUUUCUGCUUUAAUUUAAAGCUUGUAAGCAUAGCUGUUGGCAUACAGUUAAGGGAUGCAUGCCUCUAUCUCUUGACAAGUCUUGGCGGAUCCAGUUAACAUAGGUAUGUCUUUGUAAGGAGGUAGGAAUACUGCAGACUAAUCUCUCUUUAUACUCCUGCUUUCAAGAUGUUUCACCUAAUUUUGCCUGCUUAAAAAUAGCAACAGACGAUUGCUACCCACACACCAUUUCCUAUAAUUUAGAUAGCUUUGAUUACAAGCCUGUGCAACACAUGAAUAUUUUUCUAUUUACAGCAUCUGGCAUUUGCAACACAUUUCUUCCUAAUUUAUGUCACAUGAACUGGUUUCAUCUCUCACAAUCUUUCAUGAUGUAUGAGCUACCUUGUUUGGUAAUGAAAAUGGGUUUGUGCAGUUUCAUAACAGAAAGCAAGAUGUAUCAAAGUUGCCUUGAAACUAAAUGCUUGCGCUUCUAGAGUUCUUAACAACCCUGCAUUCCAGAAUCUUCUCAUAGAAUUGUAGCAUUGGAAAGGAUCCUGAUGGUUAUCGAGUCCAACUCCCUGCAACACAGGAAUCUUUUUGCCCAGUGUAGAGCUCGGAUCCAUGACCCUGAGAUUAAGAGUCUGGUGCUCUAUGGACUGAGCAAUCCGCUACUGGGAAAUUACAUUGGAUCAGAUUUCAGCAAAUUACAUUGAAACAGUUUCCAGAGGUUCAAAGAGCAGAGCUGCGUGAAAGCCCUUUUUCAAACAGCCUUGUGGUACUCUUUGAACCUCCAAAGACUGCAGAUUUAAACAGUAGGGCAGGGCUGUCUGCAAAAGCACUUUCAAACAGGCCCACACUGUGCUUUGUCUGCCUGCACCUGUCCCUGGCAGGGAACUGGCACACCAAAUCAAUGCAAAAUAAAACGCCGCCCCAUCAGCUGGCAUCAGAGUGAUAUCAGCUGAUUGGCAGGUGUGUGCCGUCAUUGUUUAUAUAACUCUGUGGGCCAAAUUUGACCUCUUGGGAAUGCCAGUAUUAGUCCUUAGACUGGAAAUUCCCCACCCCUGACAAAGUAUUUGUAGAACUUUGCUAUAAGCAAAAAGGCACACCACUAGUUUAAGCUUUGGGCAGUAAAACAGACUUCCAUAUAGCGCAAACAACUAUCGUCUGUUAACUUUACCAUUUUUAUACACCAGUAUCCAAUGUACUCCAUGCCCAAACAAAACAAAUGCCACAAGAGACAAAUUUCUGCAUUAAGGAAAGUAGAAUUCUGGGACUUGUAUAAAUUAUGCAAAUAAAUCACAUUUGCAUAUUUUUAUUUUGCCUAAUGUAUUCUGCUUCUAAUAGUCAUGGGGAUAGCAAAGCUCUUUACAGGACACUGAAUCUUGUCCCUUGAACAUUUGAAGCCUUAUUUAUUCAUUUAAUUUGAGCUUGUCCACACACUCUUUUAAACCUCUCCGCGGAAUAAUAAGGGUUAACAAAAAUUCCAUAUGAAAAGAGAAAGUUAUAGGAAACAUGUUUUGUUUUUCUACCUUGCAUAGAAUGAGGAAAUACACAUAGUUCUGCCUGUAUCUCACAAUAAAGCUAUUAUCACAAUAUAUAUACAGUAUACGCAUAUGUCUUUCUCUCUCUCUUAACAACAUGCACACAUGGUUACAAGUUAGCCGGCCCUUGAAGUUUCCAGUUGCACAAAACUUUGUACAAAAUCAGUGUCUGCAGGAAAGGAAUAUAGACUCAGAUCAUGAGGGUCCUUAGACAAGGUGUGUGUAAACCUGGAAUGUUGUUCUGAAGCUAACUCAAAAGAAUGCCAUGGAAGCUUUUCUUACACAUCUUCUUGUAUGCUGAAUAAUUUCAUUUGUCACUGCAUAGAAAGAUUUCUAUUUACUGAGGAGUCAUAGAUGUGUAGCUUUACGAAAUCUACUGAUUUCAUAAAAUUCUUACAAUUUACUAAAUUUCAAACAUAUUAACUAUAUUCCAGAUUAUCCGGUACAAUAUCACAUUCAUAACAGGAGCAACCUCUAUAAAAAUAAUUAAGGUAUUUCCAACAUGUCAAGAGCCCAGACCUCCAGGUGAUUUGCUGACAAAUCCUUAUCCCUAUUUUAUGUGCAUAGGGACAUGGGCUAAGAGGUGAUAUCUAUGUCUCUAUUCCCAUACUGUUUUAGGGUAUACAAAAGGCAGGGCUCUAAAAUUUAACCUGUAGCAUGUGGAGCAGGCCUUGGAGAGCAUGGCUGAUACAAACUUUCCCUGGCUUGUUGUCCUUAAAGUAUUCCCCACCCCAUUAGGCUAACCCCAAAGUGUCCCCUCUUGCACCGUUAUCACAAGCAAUUGAAGGAUGAAGUGAAACUUCCUUUGUCUCUGAAUUUGGGUGCAAAGAUUGAUUAGAAAACUAAAUGGGCUUGGGCAGCAUGCUCACAGUCCUGAAAAUAUUUUGAGGACCACUCUACACAUUACCUGAAAGGAAGAGUAUACAGCACAUAUAUCUUCUACACGCAAGGGCAGAAGCUUGGGAAUUCAUUGACAAACGAAGAGAAAAAGUGAGUGUCACACAAGGUAAUGAAAACAACAUCAUCACUGAAUGAUUAAAAAAAUUCACCACAAAAACAAAUGGAUAACGAGAAACACAAAAGAGAUGAUGGAGGUGGCCAUGAGGAUAGAAAGAAAUGGAAAGAAACCUAAGUAACUCAUUAUGUGGGGAUAAAAAGGGUUCUGCAUUUCUCAAGAGGGUCAGCCCAAGAGGAGGAGAGAAAUGAGAUGGGAAAGACUACAGAAGCAUUAAGCUGAGCUGAAAAUAGUGAAGAAGAAAAGGGUGGUGUUCCCAGAGCACAGAGAUGAAUAAAUAUAGCUCCAAAGACGAGAGAAAAUGUGCUGUUUUAUGGAUAUCUGCUCAAAACUGGGAGAAGCACUGAACUAUUUAUAGUAUUAAAAUGGAUCUAUUAUAAAUAGUUCAAAGUCUUUUCUGGUAAAUCUCUUGAAUAUCAUUUGGGGCACUCAGCACCUUUGUUGUAGAUAUGGCUGUCCAUAAAAUUCAACAGUAUUAUGUGCUUGAUGUAUAUGAUCUAGUGCCUUUCAAAGAAAUCUUUAUCUUCAGAUAGCAUACAUAAAGACUCAAAUAUUACAAUACUAUAUUUUUAAAGCAUCUUGUCAGGGCCAGCCCUGCUAUUAGACACAAUGAUUCAGCUGCCUCAGGUAGCAGAUGGUGGGGGCUGAAAGUGCUGGAGACGUGUUGAAUGACAGAGCUGUGUGUGCCACACCUAAUCUGCCCCUUUGCCACCUAAGCUAACCUGGCACCCUCAGAUACAGUGCUGGAUGCUCUACGAUUCAAUUAGCUGCCCAACUGGCUCCUGUACAGGAAAUUGGAGAAAUGACAUCUUGCCCUUCACUUCAGGCAGCAAUAUUUCUUGGCUUGGCCUGAUCCACCCAACAUCUCAAUCAUGGCAACAUUCAGUUGGAGGUGGGCUCAGUGGCACUUACUUCCAGGAAACUGCUUAGAACCAUUGCUUUAGUGUUCUAGUUGCAGUAGAGGUGACCAGGAAAAGUCCUCCUCUAUAGUCAUCCCAGUUCCCUAGAGCUCCCUCCAAUAUGACAUUUUGGCUGAGGGCAAAUAUCACUCUUUGUAGAAGACCUUUUGGCCUGUAACAAAAUUUUCAAUAGCUAGCUGAGAUAGUUUUAUGCUUCUGUGCUGAAGUACAGGUCACAUUUAUUGCUUUGUUUUCUGAUGCUACUUUUACAGAUCUAUACUGUGAUAGAUUACAUUUUAUCCUUCUGUUUUAUGCUGCUUCUACUUGGUAACUGGAAUUUUUAAUGUUUCUUGCUUUGAUAGCAUGGUUGUGUGAUGCCCUGAACUAUUCUUUAGGAAACGUAUGGUGUAAAUCCUAAAGCAAGUCAAUAAUUAUCAUACAAGCAUAGAAGCCACCCAGAGCGACUGGGGCAACCUAGUCAGAUGGGUAGAAUAUCAUCAUAAUCAGUCAGGCCAUUGCCCUACCUAGCUCAGUACUGCCUAUAUUGACUAGUAGUGACUCUCUAAGUUAGUGAGUCUUUUCUAGUCCUAUCUGGAUAUGCCAGGGACUGACAUGGGGCCUUCUGCAUUCAAAGCAGAUGAACUGCCAUUGAGCCUUCCGAUCAUAGUUGGAAUUGUAGUCUCACAUGUAUCAAUGGUAAUAAAUACCUGCUCAACUGAGCCUUCAAAAAGGAAACACCUAGAAAUUUCUUAAUAGUGCUUCAGAGUAGGGUUGUGAUAUUUCAAAAAGUGAAAAUCCGGACAGUUGUUUUGAGCUAUUUUUAAGGAAAUUUGUCAAAACAUUCCCGUCUGAAAACCUGGUUUUCAGGGGGGCCACUAGGGGGCGCAUUGGAAGAUGGCCGACAAUACCAUCUCUCCGACCCACAUGGGGUAAUUAAGAGGCUGUUAUGGGAGUAGGCAGCCUCCCUUGUUGCCCCAAGGAAAUGGGGAACACUGCCCUUGCCUGCUGUGCCCAUAAAUCACCCCCUAAUUCAAAAGAAGGGGGUGAGGGCCCUAGGCAGAAUGCCCCCAUGUGGACCUCGGCUCUCCUGGAUGCUGUCUCUGAUCACGCACUAGUUGCAGCAAUUUGGAAUAAUUAAUUACAAAAGAAGCAAAUGCACAUAUUUCAAGUGAAGAAGGGGAGUGAAGUCUGCUAAUUUAAGUGACCUCUACGAAAGAAGACGACGGGCUGGAGAAACAGGAAUAUUUUACGAUGAAGAUACACCAAAGGCGGGGUAUGUUGACAACGGGACUGAAUGGGGGGGAACCUUUUUUACUUUCCUUCUAUGUGAUUUACAAGAACCCCUCCUCAUUAGAACCGUCGGUUGAACUGACCCAAGCAAGAUGAUUAAGGUCUGUGUGGAGAUAAACUUUAACCAAAAGUAUGCUUUAUGGAGACCGAGAAGCAAUAAGAGCUUUUGGGAAUGGCGCAGCAAUUAAUUCGGAGUCGCCAUCUUGCCAAAGAACUUAUAGCCGGGAGGAAGAAUGGAUUUGUUUUCAGACUGCAUUCCUAGUGAAUCUCCUCAGAGGUUUUGAGAAAGGAGGCAGAUUGGUGAAGAUUAAUGACGCUAAGACUGUUUUGAUGUAUGGAAGUGAUGUUAUAUGGAAAACGUCUGGAUAUGGCUACUGGAUAAAAAAAAUAAUAUCCACGCAUGAUUACAAACUGUUCUAACCAGCUUGCGGAGACUAUCAGAGGUCACAAAGAGAAAGGAAAAAUAUAUGAAAAUAACAACAAGAGAUGUGGAAAAAUAAUAAGAAAGGACUGGAUAGUACUGUGAACAUCAUAAGGUUAGAUUUGUGGACAUUAAAACAGCAGUAAGAAGCAAGAAGUUGAUUGGAUCCCUUCGGAACUUGUUAUAUGGGUACCCCCAACAAAAAUUUAAAAUUCGGCUGUGUAAUUUGGAAUUUAUGUAAUUUGGUUUGAUUUGAUGUGAUUGGUCGGUUAAUAAAAAAAUUAUUCUUAAAAAAGAAAAGCUGGUUUUCAGAUGCUUCCAGAUGUCAUGGACAACAUGUAUUUAGUUGGACCAAUGGCCCCGCUCAGUAUACCUGGAAGUCAACAAUGGGCAAACAAUGCCAUCUGGAAUUUCUGUGAAAUGAGAAAGAGAAAGUGGAAAUUCCAGAGAAAAAGUGCUGGUGUAGAAUCACCCUAUGUUUGGUUUCAUACAAUAACAGAAGUGUUUUUCAUGAGUUAUUUUUAGUAGUAGUACCAGAGAUCUGGAAAGGGUUUCAUCCAAUUCCUGCCACAUCUAUGUGCCUUGAUUAGCCCAUAAAGCAUUUUUACAUCAGAGUGUGUUCGCAAAUUGGUUUUUUUUUUCUUUUUUCUGUAGCUCUGCUCAUGAACUAGUCUGAAUUUCAUAUUGUAUGUAACACACACAUUUGCUGAUUUGUAUAGUGGCAUCUCUAAACAUUUUAGCUGUCACAUUUUACAUAAUAUACACAUUGUAUAUCCUAUCAUUAGCCUGAUUGAUGGAGAAGCAGCACAUGUUGCCAAAAAGAUAAGGGAAUAAUACAGCAUAGUAUUUCCUUCUAUAUAAACUGGGAAGCACAAAGUGCUGCCAAUAAAUAAAUAAAUAAAUAAAUAAAGGCUAAUGACUGCACUAUAAAUCCAUAGUGCUGUUCUCAGGUUCCUGUCCACUUCAUGAAUAGCGGUUUAUAUUAAUACUAGCGACUCACUUCAACAGGUGACAUUUUUAUCCCCUCAGGCUGUCCAUUAUGCAAAUGAUGGGCCAUCUGGAAAGGGAUUCUGUUCACUGAAAAACGUGACAGGGCUGAUGGUUUUUUAACUGCUAGUCAUCUAUGAUUGCUAGUAAGCGCUGGAAAUUAGCAUUGAUCCCCAAAAUGGAAGAGGCUGGAGAAUACUUAAGACAAGGCUUGCGGAAACACCUUCACGGCAGAUGUGCCAGCUAAUUAAUGUCGUUGGUAACUUUCCUUCAUGAUUUGUAAAUUAAUACCGUUUCUGUUUUCUAAAACAAACAAACAAACAAACAAACAAACAAGAAUACAGCUCGGAAAGCAGUUUGUAAAGGCGACCACAGAAAGUGCAAAUUGGAAAGUGAGGUGAAAAUCACUCACUCCUGUUUGCUUGCAAACUAGCAUUACUAUAUAACAUCAACAAAUCAGCUAAUUUGACACCAACAACAAUGGUUGCAAUCAGUUAAUUUGUCAACACACAAUGCUGGGAGAUCAGAAACAAAUACUGACAGAAAGCAAAAAUAAAUAAAACAAGAAUUCCUAGCAUUUCUUUGGAAAUGUGUGCAGAUUGUUUUAAAAAAUGAGACAUAAUAGUAUACUAUUUGCCUCUUUGAACAUACAUUUGUUCUUGGCUGCCACCAGACAUUAUUUAAUAUCCUGUUCCUUAACUCAAGGACUACUGAAGUGUGAGACUGAGGAGAACUUACUGCACUGACUGAGAGCCACUUUUCUGCUACCAUCUUCCACCUACGCUCAGUCCAUGUGACUGGCAGGGAACCUGUGGCUUUCACUCCCAUCAGCCCCGGCCAGACUGGGAAUGGUGAGGUAUGAUGGGAAUUGUAGUCCAGCAAGGUCUGCAAGGCCUCAGCUUCCCCAUCCUACGUCUUUGGUACAAGGCAUGGAAAUGGAGUUGGUGUGUGUGACUUUUUGCCCCUGCCUUAGUUUUUUAGAUGAAUUCUGGUGUCCUUUAAAAGAUUUGGAAAAUAACAUUGUGAACCCUUAUCAAGCCAAGAUUGUGUGUAUAAUAGUUUCCUGGCUCCUCUUACCUUGCCAUCAGAAGACACACAUAAAAGUAACUUGCAAGUUUCACAGUCUACCUUGUUGCUUUCUGUACUCUUUUCCAUAAAGCUUCCUUCAUGCCAGAACACACAGCAUGGAACAAACAUGUUUUUCACUCAUCCCUAGGAUCAUACUGUGUUCCUUUUUAAAAAUGCACAUGCUGAGUCUCUUCACAAAACUUCAGCCUACCUGAAUUACCUAAAUAAUUUAACCCCCCUUCUUUCUUUGGUGAGUUCACCUGCACAUUAAUAUAAUUAUUGCCCCAUCCAUGGAACUAAUGGGGCUUUUGUUCUGGUUACUGGCCCAGCGUAGUGAAUGUUGCCAACCCAAGGCAACUUCCUUUAGUUACAAAUGAGCAGGUGCUUUGCUCUAGGGUUCUCAAUAUUGUAAAAUGGUAGGAUUGUAAGGGAUGUUGCUGUAUGUUACUAGGUCCAGAAUACCUCAGGAGGUGGUGUGCUCUCCUUCAGUUGGAGUUUUUAAGCAGAGGUUGGAUGGCCAUCUGUCAUGGGUGCUUUAUUUGAGAUUCCUGCAUUGCAAGGAGCUGGAGUAGAUGACCCUUGGGUUCCUUUCGAACUCUACAAACCUCUAUGGUUCUUAUUUACCUACCAGUGAUCCUUUAAAGCAAGGGUAGGGAUCAGGUUGUUGUAGAAGAAGAAGAAGAGGAGUUUGGAUUUGAUAUCCCGCUUUAUCACUGCCCGAAGGAGUCUCAAAGCGGCUAACAUUCUCCUUUCCCUUCCUCCCCCACAACAAACACUCUGUGAGGUGAGUGGGGCUGAGAGACUUCAGAGAAGUGUGACUAGCCCAAGGUCACCCAGCAGCUGCAUAUGGAGGAGCGGAGACGCGAACCCGGUUCACCAGAUUACGAGACUACCACUCUUAACCACUACACCAUGGCUGCAUUCCAGAUGGUGAACCUUCUGGAGACUACAGGUCCAUGGUGGGCAGGUGCCAGAGGUUGGAGGAAUGGUGUGACUCUUACCUUUACCCCACACAUCUGUAUCCAGACAAACAAGAAACACUAUCACUGUUCAAGAGCACAUUCUAAUCAGAAAAACAUUUGGAGAGGACGUAGGUCAGGAAUGAGGAGGGAAGGAACCCAAAGGACCAACAGAGAAGUUAGAGAACCACGUCCUACAAUUCUCCAACCUGAUUUAAGGGGAACCAGUAUAAACAACCAUUACACUAUUAAGGGUCACUGAGCAGUUAAAUGUCCUCAGCAGCCAUUUAAAAGAAACAGUAGAACUGUUGAAGUAGCCAACAUUACACUGUUUCAAUCUUUAGCUCUCAAAGAUCUCUUCUAAAAGAUCUCAGCAUGAGGUGUGAAAUCCCUUUAAUUAUUCUGUGGUUACUGGUUCUUCUAAAUGUGCUUGCAUGUGGCAUAGUGGAAACACAGCCACUCAAGGCAUAUUCUGAAUAACAGGAUUCUACAUGUUUGUUCUACUAGAUGGGUCAAAUUCACCCAUAUUUUCCCCUUUCUUUCCAGACAGAAAUGAUACUAUCAGCUGGCCUGCUUGAAGAACAUUGA